AAAUUAGGGUUGUAGACUUUAAUCAAUUGUAUGAUAAAAACCCCUGUAAAACCCUAGGAUCUGCAACUAUCAAAAUAAUCAUGGAGACGCCGACCGUUGGAAUGACGGAGGUACCAGGAAGAGGAAGAGCCAUGGUAGCUCUCCGCCCCAUAAAAGGCGGCGAAAUCGUCCUCCGCGACUCCCCUAUCCUCCUCUACUCCGCACUACCAUUUCACUCCGAUAACCACCUCAACAACAACCCAUACUGCUCUAACUGCUUCACCACCAUCUCACAACCACCGCAAACUGUCACCUGCUCCACCUGCGCCUCCCAAUUCUGCACCCUAGCCUGCCAAUCCGCCGCUUCCACCACCUCCCACACCCCCUGGGUUUGCCAAACCCUAAUUCGCCUCCGUGAUUACUUUUCCAGCAACCGUGUACCACUAGACGUUCAGAUCCAGACUCGGUUUGUUGUUUCUGCGUAUAAUUUAGCCAUUGUUUCUCAAUCGAAGUUUCAGACAUUGUUGUCUCUUCAAGGAUCUGUUGAUUCUGUUAAUUCCGUUGCUUCUCAAUCUGACGUCGUUUCGGAAUCUGAUGCUAGUUUUAUUAAUUCGGUUAUUUGUUCUGUGUGUCCUCCACUGCCGGUCCAGUUUGGGUUUUCUAUUGAGCUUACUAAGGUUUUGCUAGCGAAAGAUAAGUUAAAUGCGUUUGGAUUAAUGGAGCCGUUUUCGGAACAGAAUGCCGAUAGAUCGGUUAGAGCGUAUGGAAUUUAUCCGGUCGCGUCGUUUUUUAACCAUGACUGUCUUCCGAAUGCUUGUAGGUUUGAUUAUCUUGAUGCGGAUAAAUCAUCAUCGUUGAAUAACAACACUGAGAUGGUGAUCAGGAUGAUUCAUGAUGUUCCACAAGGGAGGGAAGUGUGUUUGAGUUAUUUUCCAGUGAAUUGGAAGUAUUCAGAGAGGCAGAAGAGGCUUAGGGAGGAUUACGGGUUUGUUUGUGAUUGUGAUCGGUGUAAAGUCGAGGCGGGUUGGUCGGAGAGUGAUGGAGAUGAGUUGGCGAUGGACGAUGAUGAGGGAAAUGAUGAAGGAAACGAGGAAGGUACGAUGGAUGAGGAUGUUGAUGAACGAAUGGAAGGUGAAGAUGGUGAUGUGAUGAAAGGGGAUGAUGAUUUUCCGCAUGCGUAUUUCUUUUUGAAUUACAUGUGUGAUCGGACGAAUUGUUGGGGCACGCUUGCUCCCCUGCCUCCGUCGGUUGGUACAACUAGUGGUGUGAUGGAAUGCAAUGUUUGUGGCGGUUUUAAGAAGCUUGAUCAGGUAUGAAAGAUGAAUCUUGCUUGUAAGAACCUGUGAUGUUAGGUUUUAUAUGAUACAAGUUUAUGCACAUUGAUGGCAUAUGUGUUGGUACCAACAUUUUGAAAUUUUGAUUUAGAGAUGAAGCAACAAACAAGUCAUUAGCUAAUGGAGAAUUGACUGAAGGGUUUAUGGUCUUGUUGUGUCAGAAUGUAUUUUUGAAAUGAUUUAUAAAGUUGGUGUUACUUGUGUUCA